AUGGUUGUCUUGAGCAAAAUUGCCGUCGCCCUUAGCGUUGCCUCGGCCGCUUCUGCCUUGCCUCACGGCCCAGCCCAGCCUCAUACUCGCCGGGGAUUCACCAUCAACCAGAUCACCAAGCAGACUGCCCGCCCGGGUCCCAAGACUGCCAGCUUCCCCGCAAUCUACAGCAAGGCCCUUGCUAAGUAUGGCGGUGCUGUGCCUGCACACGUUAAGAGCGCUGCUUCCUCGGGCAGCGGUACUGUCGUGACAUCUCCUGAGGAGAAUGACAUUGAGUACUUGACUCCUGUCGACGUCGGUGGCACCACUCUGCACCUGGACUUUGACACCGGCUCUGCCGAUCUCUGGGUCUUCUCCUCGGAGCUCCCUAAGUCCGAGCAGACUGGCCACGACAUCUACAAGCCCUCUGGCAACGCCUCCAAGAUCGAGGGCGCUAGCUGGCAGAUCAGCUAUGGUGAUGGCAGCGGUGCCAGCGGUGAUGUCUACAAGGAUACUGUCACCGUAGGCGGUGUCACUGCCCAGGGCCAAGCUGUUGAGGCUGCCUCCAAGAUCAGCCAGCAGUUCACUGAGGACAAGAACAACGAUGGUCUGCUGGGCCUGGCGUUCAGCUCGAUCAACACUGUCUCUCCCAAGCCCCAGACUACUUUCUUUGACACUGUCAAGGGACAGCUGGACUCUCCCUUGUUCGCCGUGACCCUGAAGUACCACGCUCCCGGCUCUUACGACUUCGGUUACAUCGACAAGAAGAAGUUCACUGGUGAACUCGCCUAUGCCGAUGUCGACAACUCCAAGGGUUUCUGGCAGUUCACUGCUGACGGUUACUCCGUCGGCAAGGGCGAGGCCAAGAAGAGCCCCAUCACCGCCAUCGCUGACACCGGCACCACCCUGGUCAUGCUUGAUGACGAGAUCGUCUCUGACUACUACAAGCAGGUCGACGGCGCCAAGAACGACGCCUCCGCCGGUGGCUACGUCUUCGACUGCAGCACCGAACUCCCCGAAUUCACCAUCGCGAUCGGCGACUACAAGGCCGUCAUCCCAGGCAAGCACAUCAACUACGCCCCUCUCCAGUCCGGCAGCUCCACCUGUGUCGGCGGUAUCCAGAGCAACUCUGGCCUCGGCCUCUCCAUCCUGGGCGAUGUCUUCCUCAAGAGCCAGUACGUCGUCUUCGACUCCCAGGGCCCCAGACUCGGCUUCGCCGCCCAAGCCUAA